ACAAGCUGCUCUGACAGAAGGUGCCAGGCUAGUGUUGGCGGGGCUGAGGAUUCUGGCCUGGGGCAGGAAGUGUAUGCUGCCCUAGACAGGGUGGCUCCCGGGAGAGAGCCGGCCCCAGGGAUGAUGGUUUCCUCGUAAUUGGAGUCCCUGACAACCUUCCAUUGAUUCACCACUGUUUCAGUUUGGGCAUUUCUUCAUUCGUCUCUUCCUUCCUUUCUUUCUUUCUUCCUUUUGUUCUUUCUUUCUCUUCUCUCCCUCUUCCCCUCCCCCUCCCCUCCCUCCCCCUCUGUGUCUCCCUCCCCUCUCCCAGACCUUGUCUGCCUUCUCUGAGCCCUUCUUGCCCUGCCCCCAGCACUCACCAUCCCUGCCCCUCACUCCCUUGUUCCUGUCCCUCUAUGUGUCUCUGCCUCACAGCUCACCAUCAUCGGCCCCCGUUCCUUCAUCCUCAGGAGCUCACCCUUCACCGCGUCUGCCCCAUAGGAUGCUGCAGCUGAGGCUGUCCUGGCUGGGACUCGGGUCCUUGGCAGCCUCCCCAUGGUUACUCCUGCUGCUGGUCGGGGCCUCCAGGCUCCUGGCCUGCAACCUGGCCUUGACCUACACCUGCUACAGCAAUUCUCGCCGCCUCCAAUGUUUCCCGCAGCCCCCAAAACGGAACUGGUUUUGGGGUCACUGGGGCCUGGUCCCCCCAGUGGAGCAGGGCUUGAGGGACUUAACUCAGCUGAUGGCCACCUGCCCCCAGGGACUUAUGAUCUGACUGGGCCCCAUCAUCUUCCUUAUCGUUUUCUGCCACCCUGACAUUACUUUUUCAGUUUUGAAUGCUCUCAUGUCAGCCACCAUCAUACCCAAGGAUAUGUUUUCCUACAUCUUCCUGAAUCCCUGGCUGGGGGAUGGGCUCCUGCUGAGUGCUGGUGAAAGGUGGAACCACCAUCGAUGCCUGCUGACACCCGCCUUCCACUUCGAGAUUUUGAAGCCAUAUAUGAAGAUUUUCACCAAGAGUGCAGACAUCAUGCAUGCCAAGUGGCAGCGCUUACUCACGGAGGGCCACACCCAUCUGGACGUGUUUGAACACAUCAGCCUCAUGACCCUGGACAGUCUGCAGAAAUGCGUCUUCAGUUUCGACAGCAAUUGCCAGGAGAAGCCCAGUGAAUAUAUCGCUGCCAUCUUGGAGCUCAGUGCCCUAGUGGCAAAGCGGCACCAGCAGAUCUUCCUGAACGUAGACCUCCUGUACUACCUCACCCCCGACGGGCGGUGCUUCCGCAGGGCCUGCCGCCUGGUUCACGACUUCACAGAUGCUGUUAUCCGGGAGUGGCAGCCUACCCUCCCCAGUCAAGGCAUUGAUGACUUCCUCAAGGCCACGGCUAAGUCCAAGACCUUGGACUUCAUUGAUGUGCUCCUGCUGACCAAGGAUGAAGAUGGGAAGGGAUUGUCAGACGAAGAUAUCCGAGCUGAAGCUGACACCUUCAUGUUUGAGGGCCAUGACACCACAGCCAGCGGCCUCUCCUGGAUCCUGUGCAACCUUGUAAAGCACCAAGAAUACCAGGAACGCUGCCAGCAGGAGGUGGGAGAGCUCCUCAGGAACCGUGAGCCUAAGGAGAUUGAAUGGUGA